AUGGCGUUCAAGGAACUGCCCAAGAGAGGCGAAUGUGCUGCAUGUCCGGACAACAAAAGCAAGGCACCCGUUCAGCUCCCCCGCGCUCACGCUGCAAGUGCUGCACGUUUCGAUCGAAACGUGCAUGUUGAGCUUGAUCAGGACAGUGGCAGUCGCGAGCGUGUGGACCGCAUCGUGGUGCCAGCGCACGCUGAGUUUGUGUACUGCUACACCUUCAACCCGCUGAAAGCGAGGAGCAAUGGAACCAGGUAUCACCCCAACCUGCGACGUGUGUGGCUCGGUACUGGGAAGGUGGAACACCUUUCUGCCGACUUGGAGGAGUGCAUCGAUCUGGCGUUCUCCCCUGACACCAACUGUCGGCGUCUGCUCCAGGUCUUCGACACAGCAGUUGCUGUGUGGAAUCCCUUGGCGGAGCAAGGCAUUGCUUCACAAAGGCCUGUUCUUCUGCAAGCGGUUCUGCCGGCCAAUGCACGUGUGGACAAGGAGCUUGGUGAUGCCUUUCACCUGACACAGGCCGUGAUGACACCUUCCAUGGAUCGAGUGAUCGCGUUUGGCAACACGGACUUUGUCUUUGCGUGGGCAAGAGACUACAUCAACGCCAUUGCCACCACCUGUGACGGUCGCAUUCUUGCUCUCGGCAUCAAGGACCUCAGCAAGCCCGUUGGCGAGGGACAUCUCGUCCGCCUUCACGACCUCGCGUCCAUGACAGAGCUGGCAGACCUCCAGGGCCACACGGACGUCAUCACUGCACUGCGCGAGGUCCGAACCUCGUCCCCGGGCCGCGCGCAAUGGGUGUGCACGGCAAGCAAGGAUGGCACGCUCAAACUCUGGGACACAGACCGCCAAGAGUGCGAAGCCACCCUUGCCGCAGUAAACCCGCCGUUUGUUCAAGGGUACGAGAACACCGACAUUGCCAGCGGGGCGACGGUUCUCCCAAGCCCCGACGGCCGCUUCCUCGUGUCGAGGCACCCCAACGCCACCUACCUGUGGGACCUGGCACGCUUCGAGUGCGUGAAGCAGCUUGCAUGCCACGGAGCGUGUGCGUGGCUGCCUGGCAGCAAGCAUCUCAUCGGCAUGAGCGGACAGACGCUGUUGACAUUCGCUGCUCAGGGGGUGCAGGAGGCCGAGCGACCCCGCGUGGUCUGGAAUGGCUCAGAUUGUGGCGCGUUGUGCUUAACACAUGAUGAGCAGCGUGCCGUUGUUCGGCAGCUGUGCUGCGUCUUGGUGUUUGACGUGCACACGUCCGCACUUCUGGCGCGCACAGAACUGCCCGGCAACCUGGAGUCUGUGUUUGCCGUGACGCGCGAUGAUUCGCAUGUGGCCGUCUCGAACAAGCACAGCAUCCACGUUCUUCGGCUCGACAACGAUUUGAGUGAGGACGCUGUGCUGCAAGGGCACACGCGAGACGUUGAGCACCUCACCAUCACCUACGAUGGCCGAUACCUGGCGUCUGGCACACGGCGGGGCGAGAUGCGCUUGUGGGACAUUUCCAACAGAGCCGCUCCAACGUGCAUUGCCAUCGUUGCUCCUUUGCAGAGCCCAGACUCGCCAAGCUUCGUUGCCAUGGCUGCCCUGCCAGGGGCACCUCGGGUUGCCGCAUGCACGGGGGAUGGCUCGCUCCGUGUCUGGGCAAUUGGAGAGGAGGCACAACGCUUCCGUCAGGCUCUGGGGCAGCAAGCAACAGCCGCACAGCCCGGUUGCCAGCAGAGCCCGAGCCAACAGGAGGCUCACUGUUCCAGCAGCGAGGUUCCAGUCACAUGUGUCGCCACGUUUGCCACGGAACUGAAGGUCGCGACGUGCAUGGCGGUGAAAGCGAGCGAUGAGCUCGUGGCAGUUGGCGGAGAGAAGGGCACCGUGAAGAUCUACACAUUGGCGCAGGUGCUGUGCCAGACGAACCACUCGUCCACGGACACCCCAUGUACCACGCUGCGCAUCGAUACCCCCAGCGCCUUGGAUUGCAUCACCUUCUUUCCCAAAGCUGAGUGCCUGGCCGCCCUUGUGCGAUGGGAGGGCGCGUACAUGCAGCGGCUGACGAGUCACCCCCAGCAACACCAGCCCACCGUGGUCAUUGCUCGCGGCCUGCCCGACUUGCUUGUUGUGGACAGCAACAACCGCGUGCUUUUGGAACAGUGGCUUUCCGACAUUCGCGCGCUUGUGGUUGUGCCAGUCGGCCCUGCCAUCGAUCAUCGUCGCGUACCCUGCCAUGACCCCUGCGUCGGCAGUGCACUUCGCGACCGCGAUCUGAGGGAAGCGAUGCUGAGGGGUGCCCCGGCUGAGUGGCUGCAGACGCUCGUACCUGUCAAUUCAGCGACAACACAGGAGCUUCGGAACAGCAGCAGCAGCAGCAGCAGCAGCAGCAACCACAACAACAACAACAACAACAACAACAACAACAACAGCAGCAGCAGCAGCAGCAGCAGCAACCACAACCACAGCAACAGCAGCAACCUCACCAGCACCAGCACCAGCACCAGCAACAGCAACAACCACAAUGACAACGACAGCAGCGACUACCUGCCGCUGGUGGCCUGGUUGGCUUCCCUGAGUGAUGGUGCAGCAGAUUUGCAAGCUGCUUUUGAGGCCGUGCAGCCUGGCUCACUGGAUCUUCUCACACAGCCCUCGAUGCUGCGAACGGCCAUCACAUGUUCAAAGGACAGCCGCAUGGUCAGCCACGUCACUAGCAUCAUCAGCAGAGCCGUGCACGCAGACGCAUGCAAGCGCAGACACCACGCGCACCACUGGUUCCUGGACGUGCGUGGUCUCAACACAAGUUUCACGGAAGACCUCAUUGCCCUCAUUGCGGGGUUUCCAGACCAAGCAGCGGAGCUCCUUGACAGCCUGGGCCUUGUGCCCCUGCACACCGACCACCACUAUGACCACCAGCAGACCCGCCUGCCGGAAUCGCAAAUGAUUGUGGUGGGCCACGAGCGCGGGUAUGGCGAGUUUUUCCUGUGGAAGCGCCUGCGUGAGGGGAAGGUGUUGCACAAGCUUGAGGAUGCAGGCGCAACGCCGACGCUGACAGAGGCGUGCAUCGUGCCCAUCCCGUAUGCCGCGGCUUUUUUGCCUGGGAAGGAAGAGACGAGCUUCCUCAGGGCCCUCGCAGACAAGGGAAAAGCGGAGCUCUUUGGUAGCCGCAUCGUGCGGGCCGUUGUUCAGUUCAAGUGGGAGACGUUUGGACAGCGCAGGUUUCUGUGGGAGGCGGCGUGGUACAUGCUGUCCCUGGUGCUCAUCACCGUGCUCACCUUCGUCUUCAACGCCAGCGGCAAGGACUUGGUCCAGCUCUUGGGUGCAGCCGACAACAGCAGCGCCAACGCCAGCGACAUUUCCUCCGUCGUCAUUGUGGCUCUUCUCGCUGGGAUGGCCUUUCAUGACCUGGUGCAGGAAGUGCGCCAAGUCGUGGCAAUCAACAACUACCUGUUCUACGUGUGGAACUGGAUGGACCUGGCCAGCAUUUCGCUCAUCUUCGUUGUGGUUGGCACGUACUUUGCUGGGUGGGUGCACGCGCGCGCGUUCUUAGCGCUUGCGGUGUAUCUUCGGUGGUACCGUCUGCUGUACUACCUGCAGCCGUUCCAGUCGACUGGCCCGCUGGUGCGCAUGAUCCUCGUGAUCUGCUAUGACAUGCGCUACUUCCUAUUGGUGCUUGGCAUCAGCAUCGUGGCCGCGUGGACGUCGUUCCGGUUGUUGCUGCGUGAUGAUUCUGCGCUGCCGGUGGAAGAGCUGGGCGACCCGGCCAACGGGCUGCUGCUCAUGUUCAACAUGCUGCUGCUGGCGGACUUUGACCUAGCCACCUUUGACGGCGACUACGUGGUGCUGCUGCGCAUCCUGUUUGUCAUCUCCAUGGUGCUGGUCCCCGUUGUGCUGCUGAACCUUCUGAUUGCGCUCAUGUCAGACUCGUACGAGCGCAUCCAGGACCGCGCAGACAUCGAGUUCCAGCUGCUGCGCGCACGCAUCUUGCAUGAGCAGGAGAAGUUCAUGACCAAGAAGGAAAAGCGCAACCCCAAGCUGUUUCCAAAGUGGCUGCACGUGCUCGUGCCCAAGGGUGGUGCUGGCUCCGGUGGUGUGCAGUGGCAAGGCGUGCUGCACGCGUUGAAGAAGGAGGUGGCAGGCGUGGACAAUCGAGUGUCAGGGGUGGAGCGGAAGGUGGAGGAGCAGAUGGCUGACGUGCAGGCGAAGAUGGAAGAGGCCCUAACGCUGCUGAAGAAGCUUUCCGAACCGCAGGUGCCCCAACAGGAGUGAUGGCGCACAUGCACAUUGGUUUGUCGGUUGGUUGUCUGUCGUAGUCGUUGGCUGUGGGGCUGGGUGAUGGAUAGGCAUAGGUCGGUCGAGUCACGCCCAUUCACAUUGCAGUCUUGUCAUGGAUCAGACUUGCUCCGUUUCAAACCUGAAGGAGCGAAGUGCUUCGCCAAGCCUGUGGUUUGCUGCAGCUCUCCUUUUGUCACCUUGCGCUUGCUCUCGCCGCUACAGUGUUACAGCACCUUGGGUCAUCAAUGCGUGCAUUCUUUUCAUUUCACUUCCACUCCUAUCUCCGCAUGCCUUUCAUCCCUGUGCUUUGACCUCCAUAUGCCUCUUUCAUGUAGCCUGUGUCACCUUUGUGUCUUUUCUUCAUGAUUGUUCAUUCGUAAACAACAGCGCGCAUGGGGUUGCUGCAUGACACCACAACUGAAAGGACACGC